CACAGGUGGAACUUUGAAUCACUCCUAGAAAAAUUUCAAGAGCAUUAAACUGGGGGUGGGGGCACUCAUAAAUUAAUAACAACAAUUCGUUUACUCGUUGUCAACGGGCGUAUCAUAUGUCAUAGAAUGACAAUAAAAAACACUUCAUUCUAUAAAUACUCAAAAAAUAAAAAUCUAUAAGUAAUUGUAUAUUGUUACUGUAUAGUAAAGGUACUAAGAUUUAAGACUGAGUGUUUGUAUUACUCUACAUAAUAGUUGAACUCAAACAUGGGUGCGACUAAAAGUCAAUUUUCUGAAGAAGAAUUACAAGAUUAUCAAGAUCUCACAUAUUUUACGAAAAAGGAAGUUUUAUAUGCACAUCAAAAAUUUAAAGCCCUUGCACCUGAAAAAGUUGGUCACAAUAGAAAUGCUAAACUUCCCAUGUCAAAAAUUCUACGAUAUUCCGAGUUACGAGUAAACCCAUUCGGAGACAGGAUUUGCAAAGUUUUUAGUUCGAGCCAAGAUGGUGAUUGUACUUUCGAAGAUUUUUUAGAUAUGAUGUCAGUGUUUAGUGAUGCCGCUCCAAAAGCAGUCAAAGCAGAGCACGCCUUUCGUAUUUUUGAUUUUGAUGGAGAUGAUAUGCUAGGAAUGGGUGACUUGCGACAAGUAAUCGACAGAUUAACAUCCCCACAGAGACUAAGCGAAAAUGAUAUGCAGCGUUUGCUACAAUAUCUUUUAGAAGAAGCUGAUCUUGAUGAUGAUGGCGCUUUAAGUUUUGCUGAAUUUGAACACAUCAUUGAAAAAAGCAGCGAUUUUUCAAAAACUUUUCGAAUCAGUCUAUAAGAUGGAAACUUAUGAAUUUACGUUAAGUAUAAUAGAAGAUUGAUAAUUGUACAUAAAAUUGUAGAUAAUAAUUCAUAAUACACGAUUAUUCUUAAUUUU